ACUGCGAACAAAAAUAAAAAUUCUACGACGAAGUUCAUUGUGCUUUUCCUUUUUCGAUCGAAAAGUUAAAAUUGUAUUGUCCAAAAGUUGGUGCAAAAUUUAACAUUAAAUCGUUGAAAAAUGGUGAAUCCUCAAGCAGAACUUUGCAUCCAAUCCCAAGCCAAUGCUACUCAGUAGCCAACGUCGACGGGAUUUUCGAAUAAUAUUGAUCAACAUUGGUCGUCGUGACUAAUUUUGUUGCCAAGAAAAAAUAAGUUGCAGUUUCGUCAUCGCGUCAAAACAUUGCAAUAAUUGCAGGCACUAGUAGGUAAUAUAGAUUGUCCUAGAAGUGGCAGUAGCAGAUCCUCAAGGUCGGAGGAAUCAGGAAGUGCUCUUCUACUGAAUUAGGCGAGAGGUCUAACGUGCGAGUUAUCCGGGGAAAUCGCUCAAGUUUUCCCCAAUUUUUCUGGGUGGUAGACAACGACGCAAUUGGAAAAAUCGGACCAAGAAAAACACACACAAUGGACUCUGAAAUUCAGGAAAUUUUCAACCAGCAUGGGGUGACGUUGAAAAAGGCCAGCGCAAGCUACAUGGCUGCGCUGAACACGGUCGGACAGCUGUCCUUCGGAAAGUACGCAAACCGGGAGAUUCACGUCUUCCUGUGGGAACAGACGGCCAUGUGUGACAUUCUGGACACCGAAAGUCAGGACAGCGGCUGGUCCUUAGUGGACACGGUCGAAUCGACCUCAUCCGUCCCUCCGAGUGUGCUCGAUGACGUUGACGACGAAGCGCGAGACGGUUUUGGCAAAUCGAAUCCCGAUUCGAUUGAAAACUCCCCGGCUGCCGCACCCCGCGGAUCGUCGAAGCAACCGAAAAUAUCAAUCCAAGUUCUCUUCCGAGAUCUCGACGGGAUUGAGAUAAGCAAAACAGAAUUCCGACUGAUCGGACCCGAAUCGCAAACGCACAGCGUCUAUCAGUUCAACCACGGUUCCCCGGAAAUGCUGAUCAACAUCCUGGAGCACGGAGGAUUCGUUCGAAAAAGCACCAAGCGAAAACAUUUCUAUCACUGCGUCGAGGAAGGCGACAACCUGAAGCUGCAGAAAUCUUUCUCGGAACUGAAUAUCGCCGACAUUCGGAAUCGAUCCCGACAAAGCAGUCUGUACACCGACCUGAUAUCCAAACUUGCCAACGUUCACAACCAAAUCUUGCCGCUCGGGGCCACACGAUACCCGCUCGGAGGGAACGAGCGAUCCAAUCGAAGCUCCAACAGUGGCUCCCAUUCGGAGUUGCCAAUGCCGCCAUCGGAUUGUAACGAUAACCGGCAGACGAACCGGCUGAUUCCUAGACCCGAUGUGCAUCGCGAGACUCCACUGAGUGCCGGCCGAUGGAAGGGAUUCCGAACGCCGGAAGGUACCAUCGCGGAACCGGACAAGGUCAGAAGCAUCAUCUUCCGAGGGGGCAUCGAUCCGGACAUCCGGGCCGAGGUGUGGAAGUAUCUGCUGGGGCUGGACGUUUGGGAGCACACAACCGACGAGCGGGUGGAUCGGCGGGCCAACAAAACCCAGGAAUACUUUCAGAUGAAGCUGCAGUGGCUGACGAUAACGCACACCCAGGAACACAACUUCGCCGGCUAUCGGGAACGGAAGUGCCAGGUCGAGAAGGACGUGAAGCGGACGGAUCGGGCGUUCGAGUUUUUCGCCGGCGACGACAAUCCGAAUCUAUCCAAACUGCAGGACAUCCUGAUGACCUACAUUAUGUAUAACUUCGAUCUGGGAUACGUCCAGGGGAUGAACGAUUUGCUGGCGCCAAUUUUGAGUUUGGUUCAACACGAGGCGGAGAGCUUUUGGUGCUUUGUGGGAUUCAUGCAGAAGGUGUUCCAGAACUUUGACAUCGAUCAGAAAGGUAUGAAGCAACAGUUGGAAUACCUGAGGACACUGUUGGCUUUCGUGAACGAGCGACUGUACAACUAUCUGAAGGAUAACCAGUCGGAGAACAUGUACUUCUGCUUCCGAUGGUUGCUCGUGUGGUUCAAGCGAGAGUUUUCAAAUAGUGAUAUCAUGCAGUUGUGGGAGAUCCUUUGGACCGGACUACCCUGUCCCAACUUUCACCUAUUCAUUUGUGUAGCCAUUCUUGACCAGGAAAUGGACGUUUUCAUCGAUGGUAAAUUUACCUUCACGGAAAUCCUUAAACACGUCAACGAACUGUCGGGUAAUCUGAACCUGCAAGCUAUUUUGGAACAGGCAGAAAGCAUUUACCUGCAGGUGAAAGGUUCCUUGGACAACUCUAAAGAACCGCAUACGGAGCUCCGUAAACUGAUCGGAGAGGAGUUAAGUCCGGAUGGCAAUGUGAACGGCAGUGGAACCGGUAGUGAUGAAGACGACGACAGCUGUAUGUCAAUUUUGAACGAAAAGUCCUCGGAGGACUUGGAAGCGAUGCAGCGAAAGGUGGAUGAGGCUUGUGAUUUGUCGAUGAGUUACGCGUUUUUCUAGAAUGAUGUUUUUCUACUAACUAACCCUCUAUUCACAAUUCCCCAGUACAUGUAAGUGAUGUAAUAGACUCUUUUAUAGCAUAGAGAAUAAGCGGGCUAUGAUUCAACCCUCAAUGUGGACGCGGUGCAUAAGAUAUCUGGCCAUCAUUUUGUAGACUUUGUACAUUUCUGUUUAUAAUAUUAUGAUUUUCGUUAUUAAA